AUGGGGAAAUCAUCAUACAACGUCAGUGAUUCCAAAAAUUCAAAUGGAGACACAAAAAGGCCAAAAGAAGUUAGCAAUUUUCGUCGGUUCUUACCUCAAGUUCUUGCCAGUACAGCCAAGAAUUUUCUCCUGCUGGACCUCGGACUCAGUGUAACCUUUCCCACAAUUCUCAUCCCAGCACUUCGUGGGAAUCUCGAGAAUUCCGAUCCAACAGAAAUUCUCACUUUGACAGCCGUUGAAGCAUCUUGGCUCGGAUCUAUUGCAUUUAUCUGUCAACCUGUAGGGAGUGUCCUAUCCGGAUGGGUUACCGAACCCCUUGGACGAAAACUCUCUAUGAUUCUCGUCAAUAUACCCCACAUCAUUGCCUGGAUAAUGCUACACUAUGCCAGUACACUGUCUGAACUCUACACAGCUGCUAUUCUUCUGGGCCUAGGAGUUGGCUUCAUGGAAGCCCCAAUAAUCACCUACGUAGGAGAAAUAUCGGAGCCAUCCAUUCGGGGAAUAUUAACAUCCUGCGCUGGAGUCUCCGUGCAACUGGGAGUCUUUACAGUUUACUUUCUGGGAACUGUAGUAACAUGGCGAGUGGCUGCACUGAUUUGCCUGGCAGUCCCCCUUUCAACCCUUGUAGCCAUUUGUUUCGUCCCAGAAACUCCCCUUUGGCUUCUUUCGAAAGGGAAAGUCGAACCUGCUCGGAAAUCUCUACAGUGGCUACGAGGCUGGGUGAGUCCAGAAGCUGUCCAGGAUGAAUUUCAGCAACUGCAGCAUUAUUCAGCCAACAGCAAUAAAUGUGCUGCUUGCCAGAAAAAAGACACUGCAUGUCCUCAUCCUCCAGAUACCCUUUUACAGCGCGGAAAAGAGCUUUUUAGGCAUCGAACACUGAAACCUUUUGCAUUAGUAAUGGCGCUCUUUUUCUUCCACAACUUCACCGGAUUAGCCUCUAUGCGCCCCUUCAUGGUGCAAAUCUUUCAGGCUUAUGGUACUCCCAUUGAUGGAGGACAGGGAACAGUAUUUGUAGGCCUAGCGGCUUUUGUAGCUAACAUUGUGAUGCUUCCAUUGAUCCGGAAAUUGGGAAAACGAGGUGUUUAUCUAAUUUCAGUGGCAGGCACGAGUUUGGGAUGCCUAGCUCUUGGAUUCUACGCAUUUACCACUCUCCCGGCUAAUUGGAGCUCUUUCGACAAACACAUUGAUUCUGAAAUAACUGGCACAGGGACUUUCCCCAUGAUAGUUUUCUUUGCUGUUUCUUUCUUCACAAGCUUCGGCAUUGCUGCCAUUCCCUGGAUGCUUCUCAGUGAAGUUUUUCCCUUCAAAUCUCGAGGUCUUGCAACUGGAAUUACUGCUGCUCUCAAUUACGUUUUGGCAUUCCUCACCACAAAAACCUAUCUCAAUGUUGAGCGCAGCAUGGGAUUGCAUGGAGCAGCUUGGCUUUAUGGAUCAAUUGGAGCAUUUGCCUUUGUCUUCGUCUAUUUCUACCUUCCGGAAACGGAAAAGCGCACUCUCGAGGAAAUUGAAUUGCAUUUUUCAGCCAAGGGACAAAAGCUGAGAGACAUUGAGAUACAGAGAAAGUCUCCGGAAGCCCCAAAAGACGUUAGAAAUGAUGGAAAAAUUGAAAAUGGUGUGACAAUGUCAAUUGAAAAUUUGGGCUGUGAUAAUAGGGCUUUCGAACGAUGAACUUGAUGUCCUUAAAUCUAAUUUAGUUUCUAGUAAAUAUAACUAUCAUUCGCUCGGAGAAAUAUUCUGAGCAGCACAGAUCAAA